GGAUCGGCGACGCAAGCGGCGAUGCUAUCGGGUACUAUUGAGGCGCUAAGCCCCCCGCCAGGAUUGGUAUAUGCCCACCUUGAACUCCAACAUCCUGCAUCUUGACAUGUCCUCACGGCACCCGGACUCGGUCGUUCCGAACUCGGUUCCCUCAGAGGUUUAGGUAAAUGAGACGACAACACUUACCGCUAAUCGUCGCGCACAGAAUCAGCUCUGCCUUUGCCGAAAUCAGCACUGGAUUAUCAAAGACUUUAUCGGGACCUUUAGUCCGGGGAAUUGCUAAUGAAAGAGCGUACCCAGAACAGCGCGCCGGCUAUACCACAAAUAUGCUUCGGCCACUCGAAAAGAAUCUGCAUAGAUCGCAAACUUUAUCUGAAAGGUUCUCGACCUUGAUCGAGGUUCAUCAGUUUCCGCCGUCUUGUUUCCGUGCCAAGCGUCGAAGGAUCUCAGUCGUUGCAAUGUCGAUGCUGCCCAGAAGUUUCCACGGGCUGGCUUUCUCCAGCCUCCUGAUGAGAGCACACGUAUGAGGUACAUCGUCCAAACUCCCGCGGUAUCCCAACGGCCAAGAGAACAUGAUGUCCCUUGGGGGACUGAAAAGCCAGCGAUGGUUUCCGUACCAUGCUUUCCGACCUGCUCGUUUCAUCUCCUAUUUUAGGUGGUUGGGGUCAAUAUCAAACAGACGCCAGGUUUUCUUGGCCUGCACCACGUUCGAUGUCUAAUCGGGAAAAGUUUGUUGAGUAUUUAGGUCCAAACACCACGAAAUGCUCCCACUGCUUUAACGUACGGCCUCAGCUGCGAAUUUGCGGGGGCUGGUCUUGAGUGGCUCUUCUGGAUCACAGGUCCAUGUGAAUGUGAAAGAGAGGUUCAAUAAGAAUCCUAAACUAUCCUGAAAGCUUUUCAUGUCGCUGCUUGACUGCAUCCUCGCACUGCAGGCAAGAGCAGGAACCGCGUAAACGUCCACGGCUCAAGAUUGUGAGGUGAGGGCUGCCCUUGAGGUCGACGUCGUUCCUCAACUUGUAGUUGGCCCACAAACUCGUGCUUUUAGGGUCCAUAAAUCGACCGCAGUCUCUGUAUGGCCCCGACUGUUCCGGUACAGUUUGGUAUUUAUCGGAGAAUUGAUGAUUCUAGUCAUUCCUUGUAGUAAACUUGCUGAUAUCCCAACAUAUAUUCCCUGUCAUCUCCUACUCAGAGGAGAAUUCAUUUUUCUCGUACGCCCCUCGGCCGUCAUCCUCAUCGUGAGGAAGAUAUAUCGGACUUGUAUGAGACAGAUAGAUAUAGUCAGAGGCCAAUCAGUAGCCAAGUACUCCUCCAGACUUGUCCUUCCGAAACACAUUCCCGGCUGCUAAGUCGUAUUGCGUUUAUAAUUAAAUUAAAAUAAAGAUAAAAAGAGGUUAAGGACAAUGCUACGCAGGUCAUUCGCGAGCAUGCUCUACGGUGGCUGCCACCAGCGGGAAAUCAGUGACCGUGUAUGAGAGUGUGUCCGCGCAUACGUGGGUAAGGGUUUUCUCCCUCUUUAGAGCACGGGCUGGCUAUCAAAAGAGUAAUAGUAAAAUAAAAAAUGAAAAGAUGCCCUGCAAGACGCUGUUCUAGACUAGGUGAUAGUUCAGGGCGGAAGGUCGCACCUUCAUCAGACAUGACAUCCGCCGAAACACAAUGGUCUGGAGUCAGCCACUCGUCCCACCGGUAAUUGACCCAGGUAUCAUGAACAGGAUCUCGUCUUUCGGAAGUUCAGGGCGUACUCCACGGCGCGCGAACGAAACACACGUGAGGCGACUGGGCAAAUAUUAUUUCCCAUGUACAAUUAUCAUUCAUGCGCCAGGGGCGGCGGACAGGUUAGGCACUUGGUCAAGUCGGGAGGUAUUGGUCUGGCUGGACUGUUUAACCUUCUGGAUGGACUAAUUACAUGUCGAUGUAUUAUGAAUGGGAGAUUCCCCCCUUCCCCUCCCCCCCCAAAGUUCGUACACACGACACGACAUGAUACAAGCAUUUGAGCAAGUAAGCCAGCAAGCGAGCAAGUAAUCAGAGCCUAGGGGCUCGACAUGCCGAUCAAGGCAACCGCCCCGGGAAGAACAGAUACGAUCUGAUUGGGCAAGGGCCACCUACCCGAUGGGUUCGCAAGACGGUAUAUCAUGACCAUAAUUACCUACGGCAGUCAGGGUAUUCACAAUGAUCACUCCCGUGUCCGAGGCACUCCGGAGGUGGCAUCAGCUUCUGGAAUGUGGUCCCGUAUCGGCUGACCAACACCGGCGUGCCGAUUCUUAUGUGAAAGGGGGUCGUUGUUGACACCAAUCGAAGCUCGGAUGAGAUCCGCUCCGCCCCUGUCAUCGGCACACGUUGAUGAUGGCAAGUGUCCGCUCUAUUGUCACCACCUUUGGAAGUGAACUUAUCAGUUCUGCCCACCGUGGUCUGGAGAUUUUGUAUUUGCCGUUGUGCACAAGACUAAGAGAAAGG